AAUUCAUUGGCACGUGAGAACAAACCAAACGUACUAAAUGGGCUUAGCUAAUUCACAAGUAUGCUAAAGCCCAUAAAGGCCUAUAAAAAAUUACUCUCUGUUUCCUUAUACUCUCAGACGAGUUUAACGAAUUUAAUAAGGAAAAAGGCACAAAUUUCAACUUUGUUGUCGUCGUAGUUUCCCUAAAACCCUAAAUCCUUCUCCGGUGGAACAAUCACGCACUCCGGCGAGUCCGAUGGAAAGAGGAAGAAACAUGGAACCGCUCCCAAAUGAUCUGAUUCUCGAGAUAUUUACGAGAUUGCCGUCGAAGUCAGUAGCUAGGUUUCGUACCCUGUCGAAGCACUGGGCGUCUACGCUUCGGAGUCCGGAUUUCAAGAAGCAGUUCCUGGUCAGGUCCUCGGCUCGUCCUCGUCUCUUGUUUGCCGUCGAGAGAUAUGGAUAUAACGAGUGGUUCUUCUUCUCGUCGCCUCAGCCACAGAAGCGAUAUGAGAAGUCGCUUCCUUUGGAAUACCAUACCAAGUUCUCAGGAGACGUUUGCCAAUACAUUUGUAGCUAUGCCUCAGGUUUGAUCUAUUUCCCUUUUGUGCGGAUCAUUGAUGAGGAGAAGCCUUUGAUUUGUAACCCUAUCACCGGAAUGUAUGAUGACUUACCAGUCAGGAAGUACAGUAGGUCUCGAGGCUUUUUAGGGUUUGAUCGAAUUGAUGAGCAAUUCAAGGUUUUUGAUUUUCAUAGCGUUCUAACUGUAGAAUCUGGAGAACCCGAGUGGAGGGAUACGGAGGAUGUCUCUGUUGAUCUGUAUCAUCUGUAUCAUCGUUGUUCCAAUGCAGGGAUAUGCAUCAAUGGGGUUUUGUAUUACUUAGCUCAAACCUAUAUUGAGCCGUCUUUUGUGAUAGUUGGCUUUGAUGUUAGGUCUGAGGAGUUAGAGUUUAUUGACGCAUCAUGCCUUAAUGAUCAUGUAGAGCAUCCUAGUGAAUUGAGUUUGGUCAACUCUAAGGGUAAGUUAGGUGUGAUUAACUGCAAAUGUGCUGACGCUGGUGGAACUGAGUUGUGUAUGUGGCUUCUAGAGGAUGUCGAGACACAGGAAUGGGUUAAAUGUGUCUACACUCUGCCGCAGAAUGAAGUCCUUGAUUCCUGCGAAAUUAAAGUUGCUGGAGUGGCGGCUACAGGUGAUAUUGUUUUGUGUAUGAAGUAUACAUGUGACCCAUACUAUGCAUUCUACUUCAAUCCCGUAAAGAACACUCUCCAAUGUGUUGAAAUCCAAGGUUUUGGAGCUAAGUUUGAUGCAACAGUUGAGAAACGUGGUGUAGUUUAUGGCAUUGUUGACUAUGUAGAGGAUCUUAGUCUUAACGAUGCAAAGCAACUCAAGUCAAGCAUUUCUGAAAUCAAGAGUCGCUGCUCCUGCUGUCAAAAGGAAGGGCAGCAUCACAACAUCGGGGAAGAGGUAUGAUGAUGGUUUGAGUAGGGAGAACAAAUGAGAGAUAUAUCAGUGAAGAUGAAGACAAAAGAAGAAGAGAAGAGUAUAAGAGAGUAAACAAUGAGACAAGUAGUAGGUGAAAUAUAAUAGGGCAUGUCAUCUAUGCGUUUAUGUUCUUUAGUUAAUAGUUGUAGACAUUGGAAGGUCUGUGCAUAUCAAAUCUAGCUUUAGUAAUGUAUUAUCUGUAUGAACCUUCUGACCUUUUCCGGUUUAUCAAGGUAUUUUUUUUGUUC